GCAUACAUCGGCAAUGACUUUCCUUCAAAUUACGACAUUCACGUCGGAUUUGUCACCAUGGACUUCACUGAAACAGUGAGAUACGCAUUGGACGAACCUGCAUCGGCCGCCGAAUGGGCACUGCUGCAAAUGAUACCAACACAUCAAGGCUACGUCCGCCUAGGGCCUGAGAAGCGCCGCUUCGCCAUCAGCAUGUUCCACUCCAUGCAUUGCAUGGACUUGAUUCGCAGGGCACUGCUUGACUAUGACAACAUUCAAGCUUCUCCAUUGCACGUCCAGCACUGCAUCAACUACAUCCGCCAAUCGUUAUUGUGCAACGCCGACGCAAUGCUGGAGCCUGGUGAUUUUCUGGAAUGGAAUAUUACUCUCAGGGAUGGAGACAGCAGACAUUCCCGACAGUGUCGUGAUUGGAGUGAAGUAUAUCGGAAGGUGGAUGCAAAUUAUAGGCAGUGGGGAAGUUGGACAGAAGCGCAUGGUGUAUAA